UUAAAUUCAGAGAACUUGGCCAGUCAGAACUUGGUUUGGAUGUCAGUCAACCGGUUCUCUUUCUUGGCCUUUGGACAAAACACACAGACACUAACAGGUCCAAAAAAAUAUGGCGGCUAAGUGUAGCUGUGCCGGGCACAGCUUAGGCGGACAGAACAAGGAAGUCUUCUGCACAGGCCCGUUGCUAGACACAGUUCAAAGGUCCAAUCUGUUUCCCGAUUGCAAACACUUUGUGGACAUGAGUUGCAUAUACACUCCAGCCCAAACCAUGGCCGAUUUCAAAUUGUUUAGUAAUUGUCGAAAGAACGAUGGUUCCCUCCAUUUCUUGGGCAUGUUUGUGGAGAAACACUUUAAUGAGCCUGGUAAUGAUCUGGUUCCCUGGACUCCAACAGAUUGGAAAAGUAGUCCUCCGUUCCUCGCCAAAGUUCAUGAUCCGGAAAUGAAGAAAUUUGGAUCCGAUGUCAAUACCAUUUGGAAGGAUCUAGGACGAAAAGUGCACGAGAACGUCAGAGAACAUCCCGACCAAUUCUCGAUUAUAUACAUACCCAAGCCAUUUAUUGUUCCCUCGGUUAACCACAGAGAGUACUGGUACUGGGACUCCUUUUGGAUUGUUCGUGGCUUGCUGCACUGUGGCAUGUAUGAGACGGCAAAGGGCAUGAUUGACAACUUCCUGGUGUUGGUUCGUCAGUACGGAUUUGUGCCUGGGUGUGGAAGGAUAUACUGCUCGGGUCGGUCGAAUCCUCCAAUGCUGAUCAUGAUGAUGAAGUCGUAUGUGGAGGUAACAAAGGACGAAGCAUAUGCCAUCAAAGCCCUGCCCCUACUUGAACUCGAGUACGAGACGUUUCUGCACUACCAUGAGGUAAAGGUGAAGGGAAGGACAAUGUAUCAGUAUCGGGAUAGCUCCACAGGGCCACGACCUGAGGCAUAUAGGGAAGACCUUGAAACGGCAGAGCACAUCGAGUCGCCGGAACUCAAACAGGCUCUAUACACACAACUGAAGUCGGCCUGUGAAUCCGGCCAGGAUUUCAGUUCCCGCUGGUUUGUAGCAGCAGAUGGAUCUAACCGGGGCACCAUCGCGGACACCAGAACCUCUGCCAUUGUACCGGUAGAGUUGAAUGCCAUCAUCUUCCGGAGCGGCAAGAUCCUGGCCGAGUUCCAUCGCAAAAGUGGCAACACCAAAAGGGCAGAUCAAUACCAGGAACGGGCUUGCAUCCUGGUAAAGGCCAUUCGCGACAUUAUGUGGAACGAUGAGGCCGGAAUUUGGUUGGACUACGAUCUGGAAAACAAAAAACCGAGAAACUUCUUCUGUUGCACCAACUUUGCCCCGCUAUGGGCCAGGGCUUUUCCUUUAGUCGACACGGACAAGGUGUCCAGCUCGGUGAUGAAGUAUAUUGAGACGAACAAUCUCGACAAGAUGUACGGCGGAGUGCCUCAUACGAUGAACAAGUAUUCGUACCAGAAGUGGGACUAUCCCAACUCCUUUCCGCCCAUGAUGUUUAUCGUUAUCGAGGGUCUGGACAAUCUGGGAACUCCAGAGUCAAAGGCCAUAUCCAAGAAAUGGGCUCAUCACUGGACCAAGUCCGUCUAUGCCGCCUACAAAUAUGAGAAUCGCAUUUUUGAGAGGUACAACUGCAAGGAAUUUGGCCAGCCUGGAGAUCGGAGUGGGAACGCCCAGUUCACGGGAUACGGCUGGACCAUCGGAGUUGUGUUCGAGUUUUUGGCUAAGCACGGCAAAGAUAUGGUUAUCGAUCCCAGUCCAGGAGGGAUGGAGGAAAGUACCCCUGCCAAUGCGUCUAUUGAAAAGAACGAAUUCAUAAUCACAAGCGAGGCGAACAUGGAUUCUGGAAUUGACGGCGGAUCAGGGGUAGGAAACCAGUGCCAGUGUUCAUGUGGAUUACCACCCGAGUCAAAGGUUCCCAGUCAUGCCACACAUGCUACUGAACAUUCCGCCCCAUUAGGAGUGAUGCAAAAGUUCCAUACUCCGGCCACUGGAGGUGCUUCUCCCAAAUGCAUUUGCGAAUUUCCCUCCGACGCUAGCUCUGGGACUUCGACUACAAAAUCUGAAGCGAAAUCUGUUCUGAACGGAACAGGUGGCACCUGUGGAAUCUGUGGAAACUGUGUUCAAGAUCAAUCCCCGCCCCACCUUGAAGGUGGCCAAUGUUCCUGCUCCAAAGAUGAUAAGAAAGAAAAAAGUUCGCAAAAAGGAAAUUCGCGGCAACAAGGCCACCAAAGGCAGGGGGUUCUCUGUGCCUGUGGCGCCCUGCUAGGAAAUAACUAUGGUAAUCGUAAAGAUCGCUCUCAACCCAAGCAGUACGAAGCCCCAAAACCUUGCGUGGUUACCGCAGCUCAGCCAGAAGCCGGCGCCGGCGGCUGUGGCUGUGGGCAAGGUCCUGCGGCAGCACCAGCACCAGCUCCCCAGCCGCAAUCUUGUUACUGUUCACCACUGCCGCAGUCCCCGCAAUCUCCACCAGAACCGACGGAAGCCGGCGCUGGCGCGUGUGGCUGUGGGAUAGGUGCCGCGGCAGCACCAGCUCCACCUCCCCAGCCGCAAUCCUGUUACUGUUCACCACCGCCGCAAUCCAUGCAGCAAUCCCCGCCACAAUCCCCGCAGCAUUCCCCGCAAAUGCAGACUGUCCUCUCGGAACACGAUCCAAGUUGUGCUUGCUACAUUGCUAGGAAGCAGAUGGAGGCCGAAAAGCAGGCGAACACGCAUUCGCAAGCAUCCCAAGCCGGUUGUUGUCCCAUGUGCUCAUCUCCAUCUCAGUCUGCCAAAAGUUCACAGGGAUCCGAGGGUUCAGCGGCUCCGGUACCCUCAAAACAGUUAGCGGCUCCGGUACCCACAAAACAGUCAGCGCCCACCUGUGGUUGUGUCGGAUCUUCAAUGCCACCUAAGGAGCAAUCCGCACCAGCCGCUAAAAAAGUGGAGCCGACUCCAUCGGCUCGGUCACUUCUAAACAAAUCCGCAGGCUGUUGUUUUUGUGAGAAUGAUCAGGGACCCAAUAUGCGGGAGGAGGAGAAAAAGAAGUUCGAGGCCAAAAUGCAGGAAUGUUUAAAGGGCCAAAUGUCAAUGGUUCAGGAGCGCAAUAACCAAAUUAAAAAUAAGGAGGCUGAAGACCAGGCCAAGAACUGUGACCCGGAAACAAAGCCGAAGCCGCAGGAUUGCUCCAGCGCCCUGAAGACAUCGAAGAGCGGCCAGCAGGGAGCCGUGUGCUCCUGUGCUGCUGAGGAGGAGGAGGAUGAUGAGGAAAAGUUGAAGCGGCAGCAGGAGCAACUGGUGGGCCACUAUGCACCAUUAUCUGAUGGAUUGGCGGGCGAAGAAUGUCCUGAAGGAUUAUUUGGAAAGAAAAAAGUGAAGAGAGGCUGCUGUACCUGCGAUACGGAGGAUUGUCCAGAACAAGAAGAAUCUGGUCCAGUGGCAUCAGCAAAAGCCAUGUCAUGCUCGUGUGGUGGAGGAACGGCUCCGCCUCCAACUACAUUCCUCUGUCCACAUUGUGGAGGCAAUCAGAAUGAACCUGGCACGAGAUCAGUAGGCACCAAUCGUCCUUCCAUACCCACGCAGCCGAACCGAAGUUCACCCAAACUGGGUGGCAAAGACGCCGAUUGUAUGUGUUCGGCGAGUCCUGGAAGUCCUGGCAAAUCGGGCUGCGAUCGCUGUACUGCACAUUUAACUUCCGACUAUUCGCCCGAUAACGGACGGACUCCCGUCUUCAACAAGCAGUUCCCACUAAAGGAUCGCGAUGGCGACGAGUGCGAUGCUCUUCCAGACCCCAAUGCAGGUAAGGAUAAAAAGAAAUGCUGCAACUGCGAAAAGGAAGAAGAACAGGAGUGAGAACUGGACUGAGAAAGAGACUGAACUCAAAAUUAUAGAAAGUUUUAGAAAAAUAGCCAUAGUUAUUUUCCGGUAAAAAUUCAAAGUCCUUCUAUCUCUUCAAUGCUUUCGACAUUUUGUGUUGUAGAGUUAUGCAAACUGCACUACUUUCUGAAACAAAGGAUCCAAUAAAGCAGAAGAUAGUU